UAGAAUGUGUGACGUUGGUCGAGUCUGGUCACUGAUGGCACUAAAGAAGUCGACUGGUAUUGUUGGAUUGGCGGUUAUUCAUAAUUCUCGAGAGCUUCUUAUCGGUCUUUAUCAAAAAACACUGGCAGCACUCACUCGACUUCCAUCAGACGUAGCUUAUCGUCGACACACGGAAGAAACGAUAAAGCAAAGACUAAAGAUUGCUGAACAAGAAGAGUCAGUAGAGAGAAUAGAAGCAAAGAUAAAUGCUGGACAGAUAGAACAAAUCAUCGAGCAGGCAGAAGUGGAGCUGAGUUUAGUGUCAAAAAUGAAAGAGUGGGCGCCAUGGGAACCACUAGUAGGAAAAGCUCCUCCAACCCAAUGGGAGUGGCCGUAGAAUAAUAUGUGUACAUGAUGAUGUCACUGUAUAGUCUGUAUGUUACAUUGAUGCUCGUGUUUUACGUUAGAGCUCGUAUUAUAUUCAAUGUAAAUGAGCACACCAACAAGUUUGUUGUGGAGAGUU